AUGCUGGACACUGUAUCUUUGCCAAAGUUAUGGGUGUGUGUCUGGUUACCUGGUAGAGUGAAGAUUGAGAAGGGGGAAGAAAAUUGUGGGCGCCUAAUUGAAGCUCACCUGGAGUGUAUGAGAGCUCUGGGCUUCAAGAUAUGA